CUCUCCUCGCCCCUCUCGUCCGCUCCCGUCCGCCCUCUGGCCCACAAAUCAGUGAGACCAGAGCUACCGCGCGGCCUGCGAGGCCAGCGGUGAUGCCACCGGCGCAGGACGCAGCUGCGGUGCGCGCGGGGCGGGGCGGGACUGGCGAGCUCGGGUUGAGGCAGGGGCGCGCGGCGGCGGCGCGCUCGGGCGGUGCGGCGGCGAGCUCGGGACGGGGCUUGGGUGCGCGCGCGCAGCACGACGAGCUCGGGGUGGAGCAGCGGCGCGUGCGCGGCGGGGCCGCGGCGAGCUGGGUCGGGGCGGGGGCGCGCCCGGGCCGCACGGCGAACUCGGGGCGAGGCGGUGGCGCACGCGGGGCGGCACGGCGAGCUCGGGGCGGAGCUGUGGCGCGCGUGGGACAGGGCAGGGGCGCGCGCGCGCGGCACAACGAGCUCGGGACGGAGCCGCGGGGCCGCGGCGAGCUCGGGUCGAGGCGGGGCCGCGCCCGGGCCGCACGGCGAGCGCGUGGGGAUGAGCGCGGCGAGCUACGAGCGAGGCGGGAAAGGCCGGCACGGCGAGGGGAUAGCAGUGCCGCCCAAGGACCAGUUCACCGCGGAGCCGACGACCCUGGAGGUGACCGUGCUGUCAGCGGAGGAGGUCGUCCUCAGGGAGCUCCUGCGCUGCCCGCUGGACCGCGGCGCCUACGCCGUGGUGCACGUGGAAAGGCCGGACGGGGGGUUGUAUACGGACAAGCCAGCCCCGCGCACCGGAAUCAACGAUGAGGACGGCGACUGCAACGGGUACCCCUACUGGGGCGAGGCGGUGCGGGUCACGCUCCCCGCGGGCGUGCCGGUCAUCCACGUGGUGAUCUGCCGCCAGAGCGGCGACGGCUCGACGGACUCCGUGGCCGCGGCGAGGGUGCCCGUCGCCGACUUCAGCGUCGGCCCGCCGGGCCACCUGCAUUGCCUCAGCUAUCGGCUAUUAGACACCGGGUCGGUGACGAAGAGACGCAACGGCAUCGUCAACAUCACUGUCAAGAGGCUCGACGGCGCGCAGGCCAGAGGGAAAGGCGGGAAAGCCGUGGAGGAGGCCGCGAGUGGCACUGGUGAUUCCUGCUGUGGUGGUGUCGCCGAGGAGGGGAAGGUGUCCGCCGCGGCGACGAGGGCGGCACCGGCCGGUGCGGUGAUAGGCUAUCCCGUCGAGUUCUCCGCUGCUGGACAGGCUAAUGGAAAGGGCUCCGUAUAGAGUGGCAUUACAUUCUUCUUGAUCAUGCCAUAUGUACAAAUCAUGCUGAAAUUGUGCUACUAGUCAUCAGGAUGUUAAUUAGGUUAAAUCCGAGCAGUAUGUAUUGGUCAAAAAAUGGUUUUAUAUAUUGUUCGAAAAUCCUAU